CUGGCAGAUACCAAGGCUCUUCCAAGCCUGAAAGAGCUUCUGGAGUCUGUGCCAAACACAGAGAGAAGGACCUGGGAUUUGUUUAGUUGGAUUUUAUCAUCUAAGGUCUUCAUGAUACAAAGUACUAAGAAACAGGAGUACGAGAAGAUCCAAGAACUCACGGGGAUGUCUGGGGCUGUGGUUCCCGCUCCAGACUACCUCUUUGAGAUCAUGUAUUGUGAUCAAACCAAUACCAAGUUUGCUGAGACCAAGGGAGAGCGGGACCUCAUCUAUGCCUUCCACGGGAGCCGCCUGGAGAACUUCCAUUCCAUCCUGCACAACGGCCUGCACUGCCACUUGAACAGGACAUCCCUGUUUGGUGAAGGCACGUAUCUCACCAGUGACCUGAGCCUGGCUCUCCUUUACAGCCCUCAUGGCCUUGGUUGGCAGCGAAGUGCGUUGGGCUCUGUCCUUAGCUGCGUGGCUGUUUGUGAGAUCAUUGACCACCCAGAUGUAAAGUGUCAGGUGAAAAAGAAAGAUUCAGAAGAAAUAGACAGAAAAAGAGCAAGAGUGAGAAACAGCGAAGGGGGUGAUGUACCACAGAAAUACUUCGUUGUCACAAACAAUGAGCUUUUACGAGUUAAAUACUUGCUAGUAUAUUCACAGAAGCAGCACAGGAGGCCUUCUAGUCAAUCUUCCUGGUUUCACACCCACCGUUUUGCCAUAAUGAUGAUGCUGUACCUACUGCUGCUCAUAGUGAUAGGGGCCAGCAACUCGCCAACCUUCGUCUACUACUGGCACAGAAUGUUUCACUCGGAGAGAUGAAAUGCCCGAGGUGAUAAACUGUUCUUUUCACCACGUGCCUUAAUAAUAGCCAAUCUGCAAUGCACUGCCUCUGUUCCAGAGCUCUGGAAAUACAGGUGCCUGGAGCUUUCCAGUUCUGCAACCAGUAUAUUAUCCUCAUGACAUCUUUCCAUUUAUUCUUAUUUCUAUGUUCCUGUGAUUUAUGAGGAUGCCCAGCCCAGCUGAAAAGGAUCACAGUGGUGCAGCUUAGCAUGAACCAGUUAUUAAGGGUCCAUGGAAAAAAAGUGAUUUAAAAUUAAUGAAAACUAAGCAUGAAAACACUCAGGUGUAACUGUUUUCUGUCAAACUGAGGUAUGUUUGCACAAGUACGAAAGGAGGAUUUUUCUGUGUGUCAGGCAAAGCAACCUGUAGAGAGUCUUACCAGUUUGUUUUCAGAAGCUGAAUUUAGUGAUGCUUAGCAUGUAUCAGUGCAGAUGGGAUCACUGUUAAACUUUUAAAACUAAACUUUG